AUGGAAGAAGAGUACGAUACGGAUGCGUUCUCUAUAUUUGUGAUAUCGUUUCUGAGCAUUUAUCUGCUUAUCGCUUCUGUGUUCAUUUUCAAGCGAUUGAGACGAUUUUUUUCCAAAGAACCUCCGGUAGCAUCAAAGAAGAAGGCGCAAUUGGUCGAAGUGGAGGAAGUGGUUGUUGAGAGCCCGCUCACGACUGCAUUCUGGGUGAAUGUUGUUUUGGUGGUUAUUUCACUUGUUAUUAUUUCGAAACUCCUUCAGAAGUCUGAGAUUGAAGAACCUUCUUUGUUUGACCCUUAUGCUACUCUAGGAAUUUCUAUUGGGGCAAGUGAACGCGCUAUUAAGUCUGCAUAUCGAAAGAUGGCAAAGAUAUACCACCCUGAUAAGCGUACUGGAAGUGUCGACAAGUUCCGCGAUAUUGAGAAAGCCUAUCGAAUUCUUACUGAUGAGAUUGCCCGUUCUAACUAUGAGCGUUACGGUAAUCCGGAUGGUCCAAGCGCAGUGAAAGUGGGAAUCGCCCUUCCCUCUUGGAUGAUGGAGAAAACUGGUAGCAAGUUGGUGAUUAUCGGCUAUUUGCUGUUAAUGAUCGUUGUGAUUCCAGGUAUUGUGUACUGCAUCAAAAAGAACACAAACAAGGAAGAAAAACCUAAGGUGAACCAGGAAACGGUUCAGAAUUAUUACUCUGGAAUUCAAGAAUCAACUCCCAUUCAAUGCAUUCCUGAAGUGUUCGCUCACGCAGAGGAGUUGCUGCAGCUAAUGCCGCAGCGUCCCUACGACAAAGAAUUACUGCACUAUCUGUACAUUAUGUGUCCGAAAACGGUCGUUGGCUCUCGAAUGAUGUUUAAACCGCACGUGUCGCUGGAAGACGCGAAUAAAGACGCGAAGGCGUUUUCGUGGCUGAAGGUGAAUAUCUUGGUGCAUGCCUAUCUGAACAAUCUGGAGGUGAUUCCGCAGCAUCGCGAGGAGCAGCGUGUCAUUCUUUCCAAGGCUCCUGAGCUGCUGAAUGUGAUGCUGCAGCUCGGAAUGUACUCGCGUCAGAAAGGACGUCCGAGCAGUCUGAAGUUGAUGAAGAAUAUUAUUCAGUUCGAGCAGCAUUUGUAUCAGGGACUCUGGAUCAAUUCGUCGCCUUUGCUGCAGCUUCCUCACUUCACGGAAGCGAAUUUGAACCGAUCGAGAAACCGACAGAACGACUUGGUGGACUUUUUGCGAGCGGAUCCGAAGAAAUGGAAGGGACUCAGCCAACUGCUUGAUGAGCAAGUGGAGGAUAUUAAGGAGGUGGCGCAUGUGAUGCCUCUUCUCUAUGUGGAGCCUCAUUUCGAAGUGGAAGACGAGGAGGAUAUUUUCGUGGGAGACAUCGUGACUUGCUCGGUGAAGAUCGUUCAUGAAAACUUGCUUCCUGCGAAUGUUUCGGCCAAGGACGUGGCUGCUGGAACGGCGAAAUGGAACGAGAGCGAAGAGAGCGAGGAGGAAUCGGAGAAGACGGAGGAAGUGGAGGAAGUGAAGCCGAAGGUGGCAAUGACGAUCGAUGAAUUGGAUGAAAUGGAGGCUCGUGUGAAGCGAUUGCAUAUCGAGCCUGGUGUGGUGUAUUCGAAGAAGUAG